UUGUAAAUAAGAAUGUGUUAUUAACUGUCUUGCCUAGUUAAAUAACGUUUUUUUUUUAAAUAGCAUGUAAUAUCGCAUGAAUUCACAAGGGGGCACACAUGUACCAAGGCAUCUUUCUGGAUUACCAUGACUACGGCAAACAGGUGUCUAUUAGUUGUUGCUGCUUACGUCAGUUUCAGAGCGUUUAACAAUAAGCUAGCUAGCUGCAUAGUUAGCUACUAAAGUUUAAACCUUUGCUGAUAUAGCAGGGCACGCACAUCGACUUAGUAUGAAGACAUGGCUCUAGUCUUCUCUCCUCCUCAGUCCUCUUCCCUAGAAAUUCUGUGAGAGUUAUGUUCAGGAAAACUGUCUGGAAGAAUACCGUGAGUGAUGCCGUUAGCUGGCACCAGGACGAGGCCCUGAACACGACCAUGUUCAUCCUGAAAGAGUAUGGUCCGACCGGAUUCCUACUCAAAGAGGAGGGGGAACCCAAAAACUUCAAAGUGUUCUUGGGAGACCCUCAUACAUGUACCUGUUCAACAUUCCACAAAGAGAAAGACCUCUGCAAACACAUCUGCUGGGUUUUAUUGCGGAAAUUCCGACUGCCUAGAGAACAUGAAUAUUGCUUCCAGCAGGUCCUGGUUGAAAGGCAGAUCCUGGAGCUGCUACAGGGUUUACACAGGAGCAGAACCCCCCGGCCUGUACACCCACCCUGCUCUGAGGCUGACCCUAACCCCAGACCAGACCCAGCUGAGGGGUACGGGGGGGUCAGACAGAAGGAGAUCGAAGCCGAGGAUGUGUGUCCCAUCUGUCAAGAGGAGUUGCUGGGGAAACGUCUGCCUGUGUCUUACUGCAGGUUUGGCUGUGGCAACAACAUCCAUAUCUCCUGUAUGAAGGUGUGGGCAGACCACCAGGCACGUCCGGAGGGGGAGGGGGAAGCCAUGGUGAAGUGCCCGCUGUGCCGGGAGGACUUUGGGCCGGUCAAGCUGCUCCUGGAGCAGGUGAGGAAUGUGGCUAAGCUCCACACAGCUGCUGAGAGAGAGAGGCCCGACAGACACCUCGGGGUGCUCUGCAACAACUGCAGGGUCUGCCCCAUCACUGGCAAGUGCUUCAAGUGCACAGUCUGCCGGUACUAUCACCUUUGCGAGGACUGUAUAAGAAGGUGCUGUCACCCUCAGCAUGCGUUUGCCAUACGUACAAAAAGGACUGCGAAGUGGCUUUCCUUGGGUCAGUGUGUGUUCAACACACUGGGUGAACCACAUGAGAUGACCACUCAGUCAGUGGGUGACAGCAUGAUUCCUGUUGAGAGUGACCCACUGCCAGAGCACCUGGUCAGGAGCCUCCUUUUGGUCAGGGUGAGGAGAGGCUGCCCCCUGCUGGACCCUGGGCAGCAGUGUAGGAUCUGCCUGAAGAGCUUCCAGCAAGGGCAGCAGGCCAGACACUUGCCCUGCCAUCACAAGUUCCACACAGACUGUGUCGACCCGUUGCUUCGGAGGUCCAACUCCUGUCCUCUGGACGGAUACGUCAUCUACAACCCCCUAACAUGGAGCAGCAGUGGGGGGAAGGGAACACCCAAGCUGGCCUCCUCCCUUGACCAUCCAAAGCUCACAGAGCAGCACAGACUGGAGCUGUUUGUCCCAGGAGUAGCUCUGCUGGACAGAGCAGCCAGAGUGGUUCCCUCCCUGAGUAUGUUCAGCUCCGAGGGCUCAGCUGAUGCCCUAGUACCUCUCCCUCAGGACACUAUGGUUGUCGGCUUACAAGGUCUACGCAUCAAUACAGUGAACAUUGAGAGCAUGGAGGGUGGAAAAAGCAGGACAGAGAAAGAUGGAACUCCAGUCAAAUCAGUCAUUCUCAACAAGAGCCUUUCCUCCCAGCAUCUAAGGACAGACGUGUCUAGAGUGAGGUUGGGACGCACCAAGUCAAGCUCCUCGACCAAGAGUUUGGCCCAAAACAAUGCUACCUCAACUAACAGGCUGGGUGGGGUCUAUGGAGGAACGGGAAGGGCCCAGCCGAGUCUGUUUGUGGGUGUAAACAGGUCAGACAGGGAUAUGACUGCUGCUGCUCAGACCAGAGCUGUCAUCACCCUGUGGAGAGCCAGGCCCCAGUGGAAGCUGAGACCCAGGGUACCCAGACCCAGUACAGGAGACAGCCAGCAAGCCACAGGCCUGAGGAUGACAGGGGUACUGAUCAAUGCUCCACACCAGGGAGAAAAGGAGUGAGAGUUGGAUUUUAGAACAUAUUUUGUUGUGAACAGACUACUGCUUUUAACUAUAUAGGUAUUGAGCGUAUGGUACAGUCGUACUACUUAAGAGUAGUUUUUUAUACAGUGCAUUCAGAAAGCAUUCAGACCCCUUGAUUUUUUUCAACAUUUUGUUAUGUUACAGCCUUAUUCUAAAAUUGCUGAAAUAGUUUUUUUCUCAGUUGUACUAGUUAGUUAGUUAUUUCUACAUAAAGGAAAUGGAUGACAGCUUUGUUUUAUAUUUGCUUCUUGGUUAGAUAUCUACACUGCACAGCCACGUGUUCACUUCACCCAAGUCUGUUUGGCUUUCAUUUCCCUGUGUUUUUACAAGUGCUAUUUUCAUUGACAGUUUUUCAAUCUCCAUUUUAUUCGCUUAACAGAGCUCGUUUUAAACAAAUGUCAAAAUGAAAUACAAAAUGAGCUUUUACCUGGACAUAUAAAAGUAUCACAGACAUACUGACACAUAAUAAAAAGAAAUGUUUUAAAAGUUAUUUUUUAUUAUCAAUCUA